UGUUUGUUUGUUUGUUUGUCUCGUCUCCUCCUUCUUCUUCUUCUUCCCCUUUCUUUCUUCGUAGAUGUUCACUGAGUCGACGAGACGAUACGACUCACCGCCAGCCCUGAUAAGACGUUUGCUUUUGGUUCGAUCGAAACAGAUUUGUUCUUUUCUCUCUCUGGCUGGCUAGUGGCUACAUACAUACAUACUCAGAGGGAGGCGAUAGAUCUGAGGAGGAAUUACUGAAUUAGCGGGGUGGGAGUUGUGAUUGGUAAUGGCUUCUACGGAAGUCGAUUCCCGCUUAGCUCGAGUAGUGAUCCCAGCUCUGGACAAGGUCAUUAAGAACGCCUCCUGGCGUAAGCACUCCAAGCUCGCUCACGAGUGCAAAUCCGUCAUCGAGCGCCUCAGAUCUCCUGAUAAUUCUUCUCCUCUCGCCGACUCUGAUUCUGGAUCUUCCCUUCCCGGUCCCCUUCACGACGGGGGAGCCGCCGAGUACUCUCUCGCCGAGUCCGAGAUCAUCCUCAGCCCUCUCAUUAACGCCUCCUCCACCGCCGUUCUCAAGAUUGUCGAUCCGGCCGUCGAUUGCAUCCAGAAGCUUAUUGCUCAUGGCUAUGUUCGCGGUGAGGCCGAUCCCACCGGCGGACCUGAGGCGCUACUCCUUUCCAAGCUCAUUGAAACCAUCUGCAAGUGUCACGAGCUCGACGAUGAAGGACUCGAGUUACUCCUCCUCAAGACGCUCUUAACUGCUGUUACUUCUAUCUCCCUCAGGAUCCAUGGAGACUCUCUGCUGCAGAUCGUCAGGACUUGUUAUGGCAUCUACUUGGGUAGCAGAAACGUCGUUAAUCAGGCCACCGCUAAGGCCUCGCUCGUCCAGAUGUCUGUUAUCGUCUUCAGAAGAAUGGAGGCCGAUUCAUCUACUGUCCCCAUUCAGCCCAUCGUCGUCGCCGAGCUUAUGGAGCCCAUGGACAAAUCUGAAUCUGACCCAUCCACCACGCAGUCCGUUCAAGGUUUCAUCACCAAAAUUAUGCAGGAUUUCGACGGAGUCUUCAAUUCAGCUAACGCCAAGGGCACCUUCGGCGGCCAUGACGGAGCCUUCGAGUCUUCUUUGCCCGGGACUGCGAACCCGACGGAUCUGUUGGAUUCUACUGAUAAGGAUAUGUUGGAUGCCAAGUACUGGGAGAUCAGCAUGUAUAAGUCGGCUCUCGAAGGAAGAAAAGGGGAGCUGGCCGAUGGGGAAGUGGAGAAAGACGAUGAUUCUGAGGUUCAGAUUGGGAAUAAGCUGAGAAGAGACGCCUUCUUGGUUUUCAGGGCACUUUGCAAGCUGUCCAUGAAGACGCCUCCCAAGGAAGAUCCUGAGUUGAUGAGAGGGAAGAUUGUGGCUCUCGAGCUAUUGAAGAUUCUACUCGAGAAUGCUGGUGCUGUCUUUAGAACCAGCGAUAGGUUCUUAGGCGCCAUCAAGCAGUAUCUGUGUCUCUCCUUGCUGAAGAACAGUGCUUCAAAUCUUAUGAUCAUUUUCCAGCUUUCCUGCUCGAUUUUACUUAGCUUGGUUUCAAGAUUUCGUGCUGGGCUGAAGGCAGAGAUUGGGGUGUUCUUCCCUAUGAUUGUUCUAAGAGUGUUAGAGAAUGUUGCUCAACCUGAUUUUCAACAGAAGAUGAUAGUGCUUCGGUUCCUGGACAAGCUCUGCAUUGAUUCACAGAUUUUGGUAGAUAUCUUUAUCAACUAUGAUUGUGAUGUCAACUCAUCCAAUAUAUUUGAGAGGAUGGUGAAUGGUCUCCUUAAGACUGCUCAAGGAGUGCCUCCUGGUACAGUCACUACCUUGUUGCCACCUCAGGAAGCAGCCAUGAAGCUUGAAGCCAUGAAAUGCUUAGUUGCUGUUUUAAGGUCUAUGGGAGUAUGGGUGAAUAAGCAGUUGCGUCUUCCAGAUCCUUAUUCUGCAAAAUUGCUAGAAAUUGAUGAUAGAAAUCUUGAAGAAGGAAGUCAUCCGGUGGAAAAUGGUAAGGGGGAUGGAGGCCAUGGGGGUUUUGAAAGAUCAGAAUCCCAGUCUGAAUUGUCCAGUGGGACUUCUGAUGCCUUAGCAAUAGAGCAGCGCCGAGCUUACAAGCUCGAACUUCAGGAAGGUAUUUCUAUUUUCAACCAGAAACCUAAGAAAGGCAUUGAAUUUCUAAUCAAGGCAAACAAGGUGGGGGACUCACCAGAGGAAAUAGCAGCUUUUCUCAAAGAUGCAUCCGGGUUAAACAAGACUUUGGUAGGGGAUUAUUUGGGGGAAAGGGAGGACCUAUCUCUUAAAGUGAUGCAUGCAUAUGUGGAUUCUUUCGAAUUUCAAGGCAUGGAAUUUGAUGAGGCAAUUCGAGCCUUUCUCCGGGGAUUUAGGCUGCCAGGGGAAGCCCAGAAAAUUGAUCGUAUCAUGGAAAAGUUUGCUGAGCGUUACUGUAAAUGUAAUCCAAAGGCUUUUUCUAGCGCUGAUACGGCAUAUGUCCUCGCUUACUCUGUCAUAUUGCUCAACACGGAUGCACAUAACCCUACGGUGAAGAGCAAGAUGACAGCUGAUGGUUUUAUUAGAAAUAAUCGUGGUAUAGAUGAUGGAAAAGAUUUGCCUGAGGAAUAUCUACGUGCAUUGUAUGAAAGGAUAUCUAGAAAUGAGAUAAAGAUGAAGGACGAUGGUUUGGGUCCGCAACAGAAGCAGCCGACAAACUCAAGUAGAUUACUUGGCUUAGAUACUAUCUUAAAUAUUGUUGUUCCUAGGCGUGGUGAUGAUAUGUACAUGGAGACCAGUGAUGAUCUUAUUAGGCAUAUGCAAGAGAGGUUUAAAGAAAAAGCUCGCAAAUCUGAUUUAUUAUGCAGCCUCGGAUGUGGUUAUACUCAGAUUUAUGGUUGAGGUGUGUUGGGCUCCUAUGUUGGCAGCUUUCAGUGUUCCACUUGACCAAAGUGAUGAUGCAGUCAUUACAACAUUAUGUCUGGAGGGUUUCCACCAUGCCAUCCAUGUCACUUCUGUAAUGUCCUUAAAA